CGCCUUCGCGAUGAGGAAUUCCACGACGCCCGGCGAGAACGGCGCGCUCGAGCACUCCGACGCCGGCUCCCCGCUCGUCGCCCUCUUCUUCAAGCUCGUCCGCUCGCUGCCCGACGACUCUCUCGCCUCGCUGACCGCCGCCGUGCCCGCCGAGCCCGCCGAGCUCGCCGAUCUGACGGUGCUCGCCUUCCAGACCCGCGCGACACGCGGUAUGGGCAAGGGCGAGAAGGACCUCUUCUACAAGCUGCUCGCCGCCCUCCCCGUCGAGGCUGCGAUGGCGACGCUCCACCUCGUGCCGCACUUUGGCUACUGGAAGGACUACCUGCUCAUGCAGGGCGUCGCUGGGAUCGACGCGGCGGUCAAGGACAAGGCGCUGUCGCUCCUCGCCGACCAGCUGCUCAAGGACGCGGCCGAGAUCGAGGCGGCCGAGAAGGAGGCGCGCACCCCGAACCUCACCCUGGCCGGCAAGUACGCGCCCCGCGAGGGCUCCGCCUUUGACGGCCUCGCCAAGCGGCUCUCCAGAUGCCUGUUUGGGAGCAAGAACGACGCGGCGUCGGCGCGCAAGUACCGCAAGCUCGUCGCCGCCCUCAACCGCGCCCUCCUCACCACCGAGGUGCUGAUGGCGGCCAACCGCUGGUCGGAGAUUGAGUUCGCGCGGCGCUCGUCCCUCUGCCUGCAGCGGUCGCGCAAGGCCUUCCUCAACGAGGCGCUCAAGGGCACGCUGAUGGCGGCGCAGGAGGAGACGGGCAACCGCCACCCCGAGGACGAGCAGCGGGUGACGGCGCGGCGCAACCUGCGCAAGGCCCUCCUCGAUAAGGGCGCCAAGGCCGUCAAGGGCAAGCAGCUGUAUCCGCACGAGAUCGCGCAAAAGUGCAUGCGCGGCGGCCGUACCGAGCUGUCGACCCUCGAGGCGGACCUGAUGCACGCGCAGUGGGAGGCGAUGCGCGAGGGCGUCAAGGAGGCGAUGGCGGCCGCGGCAAAUGCGCGCGAGGCGGCGGUCGCCGAGGCGGCGGGGGAGGGUGCGCCGCUCGAGGCGGUGGCGGCGCUGCGGGCGGCGCUGCCCAAGCCGGUCGACCUCGGCAAGCUCGUGCCGCUGGUCGACGUGUCUGCGUCGAUGACGGGGACGCCGAUGGAGGCGGCCAUCGGCCUCGGCCUGGUGGUUGCCGAGCUGUCCCACCCCGCCUUCCGCAACCGCGCCAUCACCUUCGAGUCGAGCCCUCGUUGGGUGAACCUCGACGGCGCAGGCAAGGUGGCGUCCAAGGUGCGGGCGCUGCAGGGUGCCAGCUGGGGCGGCUCGACCGACUUUGAGUCGGCGUGCGAGCUGAUCCUGGGCUGCGCGGAGAGCGCCCGCCUCAAGCCGGACGAGGUGCCCGACCUGAUCGUCUUUUCCGACAUGCAGUUCAACGAGGCGAGGGGCGCGCACAGCUGCAUGUACGGCCGCUCCGGGCGCGUCGCGUCGUGGGAGACCCACCACGAGCGGCUGACGCGGCGGUUCGCCGAGGUGGGGCGUGCGGUGUGCGGCGAGCCGUACGCCGCGCCGCGCAUCAUCUAUUGGAACUUGCGCGGGAACACGGUGGGCUUCCCGGCGCAGGCCGACGCGCCCAACACGCAGCUGCUCUCCGGCUUCUCGCCGUCGCUCCUCAAGCUGGUCCUGGCGGGCAAGGACCUGGUGGGCGACGAGAAGCAGGUGCGGCUGCCCGACGGCACGGUCACGGUGGUGCGCGAGGGGCCGACGCCGGAGGAGACGGUGCGCGCCGCCCUCGACGACCCCGCCUUUGACGCGGUGCGGCUGGCGCUGGCGGGCGUGCAGGAGGGGCCGCUCGCGGGCUACUCGUUUGAGAAGGACGACGCGGUCGUGGUGGCGGACGCGCCGAUGGCGGAGGAGUUUGAGUUGGAGAGUGAGUGUUAGCUUUGUUUGUGAUGCCACACCACGGCACGCCAUCUUAGAGAUCUUUGCUCGGAUUACUUUUCCCUCGAAGACAUACUAGUUUUUUUGUUGGUGUUCCGGUGCCUCUACAAAACUAUCCGAGAUCA